AUGGUUGAGCUUGCAUCAGCCGACGAAGAUGAUGACGACGACGAUGAAGUUGACGAGGACGAAGCCGACGAGGAUGAGGAUGGGGAUGAGGUUGACAAGGAUGAUGUUGACGACGAUGAAGUCGACGAGGAUGAAUCGGCCGACGAAGAAGCCGAAGAAGUUGAAGCCGAUGUCGAGGUUAUAGACACAACACCGGAGCUGCUCGAUGACGAAGUUGAAGAAUCACUUGCACUCACGCUGGACGAGCUGGUCGACGAAACGCUUGAGCUGCUCGCAGUUGAACUCACGCUAGACGAACUUGAUGUGCUCGACGUAACGUCCGAAGACGACACUACCGUGCUACUCGAGGAGCUGCUUACAGAGGAGCUUGAGAUCGAGGAGCUCGUCGACGAUGUACUGCUGGAGGAGAUGAUGCUGGAUGAUUGA